CCGGCGCAGGCGCAGCAGCUCGGCGUGGGGCUCCGGACAGAAGCGGAAGCCGCACGCCAGGAUGGUGCUGGAGAGCGUGGCCCGCAUCGUGAAGGUGCAGCUCCCCGCGUAUCUGAAGCGGCUCCCGGUCCCGGAAAGCAUUACCGGGUUCGCGCGGCUCACAGUUUCAGAAUGGCUCCGGUUGCUGCCAUUCCUUGGUGUACUCGCACUACUUGGCUACCUUGCAGUUCGACCAUUUUUCCCGAAGAAAAAACAACAGAAGGACAGCUUGAUUAAUCUUAAAAUACAAAAGGAAAAUCCAAAAGUGGUAAAUGAAAUCAACAUUGAAGAUCUGUGCCUAACUAAAGCAGCGUACUGUAGAUGUUGGCGUUCUAAGACGUUUCCUGCCUGUGAUGGCUCACAUAAUAAACACAAUGAAUUGACAGGAGAUAAUGUGGGUCCACUAAUACUGAAGAAGAAAGAAGUAUAAUAGUAUGGAAUUAGGAUUGGAAUCAGUUGUGUGCUGUAAAGUCUUACAAUAUUUUCUCAUCCUUUGUGUGUAGAAAAUAUGAAAUGGUGGUCGUAAUUAUUACCACUGGUUGAAUAAUUGUUUCUGCCAGUUUAUUUUCUUGCUACACUAGUAUUUAUAUUUGAUACUUUAUAUAUUCAGUCAUUUAUGUAGACGUUAGAUUGUCAAACCUCAUUCUGACUUCGAGUUAAUGUAUCUUUCAACAGUAAAAUCAACAUUUCUGAUUUUAAUUACCUGAAGAAAAUCUAAAUUUGGGCAGUGGGUUCAAAGCUGUUUCUUUGAAUAUCAAUAUUUCCAACAGAAUCUGUACUUUAAUAAAUUUUUCCGUGUUUUCUGUUAAA